AUGAUCAGUGUAUUUGUCCGUCAGCUUUUUCCCUUUUUGACCGCCCUGAAAAGCGCCCGUAAUGCAUUGCAGAUCAGGUCGACAUUUGGCACGCCAACAACUCUUCUCGUCCAUCGAUCGACUUUUGCCUCCGAUAACAGGAUGGCGGUGCCAGCGUGUUGUUGCAUGUUCCACAACAAUGUGCGGCAUCUGGUGCUCCUGUUGGCGACGUUGUGCAUAUCCAUGCUCUUCGCCAAUAUCGUUAUCUUUGGCCUCACCUCGGUGGUCCACUCGCGGGAAUUGAGUGGCGGACUGCGGACUGUGGAACAAUUGGAGAAUCUCCAUCCGGGACCCGGAAGGAGGAGGAGGACACUCAAUGAGACGGACAUUGGAGAAGAAGCAGAAGCGGAAGGAGGAAAUGGGUCGGAGACACUGCUGCAAAAUAUUCUUGACGACAAUUCGACUGUCCCAUCCGCCAUCACCACCACAGUUUUACAGACGACAACCACACAACAGCCAACCACCGAGCCCUCUUCGACGUCAACCGAGGCCAUUUCCACGAAAGAGCGCUUCGAACGGAGUACUGCCGAGGAACCGACACCGACACAACCCGGCAAGCCCAAGCUCUAUUCCAAGGCUGGAAAGUAUCUGAUGCCACUGCCAUUUGAUGGAGAUGUCUAUGAUCCGAAUAUCACCCAAUACAAACGAUUCCCCACCGAUUAUGAGCGCGACAAGUGGCGCUACAAUCAGACCCAAAAUAUCCAGCGGCGAUUCAUCUACUCGGCCCCCGGAAUAGCAAUUCUUGUCGGAACACUCCCAGCCCGAUCUGCCAUCGACAAAUGGGGCGCCUGGCCGGUGAUGGUGACGUCGAUGGUGAUCUCAGCAAUCUUCACAGCCCUCACCCCUCCAGCCAUCCCUCUCGGUUUCCUCCCAAUAUUCAUCUGUCGUCUCGGUGUCGGCCUCGGAUUCGCCUGUGUCAUGCCCAUUAUAGGCAACAUCACGGCGAAUUGGGGCACGCUGAAAGACCAGGCCUCCUUCAUCGCCACCAUGUUCCUCUUUGUUCCGCUGGGAACAAUCUUCUCGUGGAAUUGGACAAUCUUCUUUGUCAGUUCGUUAAUCCGAAUCGAUGAGGUCAUGAAAAUUGUCUACUGGGCACAGGCUGGCUUCACCUUGCUGCUGGCGUUGACAUUUGCCGUAUUCUACCGUGAAAAGCCCCAACUACACCCAUGGGUCAACGGCAUCGAGCUGAAUCGAAUUGUCGCCGGAAAAGUGCAGGAAUUGAAGAACAACCGUCUGCUGGAUGAGCCCCUCUGGACCCUCCUCCAUUCAUUCUCUGCAUGGGCCAUUUGGCUGGCCAUGAUCGGCUUCUUCUGGAUUAUCUGUAUGUACGUGACAUUCCUGCCAACAUUCUACGGCAACACUGACAUCUUUCUCGUCGACCUCAUCGGACUCUACGGGUGCCUGCCGUUCUUUGGAAUGCUCAUCUGCCACUUCAUCGCGUACUUCGUGCAUCGCUCCAACUGCUGUUCAUCUACCUGGCAGGUGCGAAUCUGGAAUUCGGUGGCUUUUGUGGGUGCCGGAUUCAUGAUGGUGGCUGUGCCGUACAUCUUCUUGAAUUAUCGAGGGGAGGCCAGUCAGACAAUUCGUCUCUGGACGAUGUUCUUCUCGAUUGCCCCUCUCGGUUUCACGAUGGCUGGUGCCCUCCGGAGUGCUACUCUUGUCGGAAGAUUUUAUGCUCAGCAUAUACUGGCCCUAUGUGGAGUGUCUAUGGGUUUCGCCUUCACUUGUGCACCGCCCGCCGCUUUGCAUUUUCUGCAGUUCAAUCGUCUCCAAGAAUGGGUUGGCUUCUUCUUCACGUGUUCGGGUGUCAUCUUGGCUGGUGGAGCCGUGUUCGCCAUCUUUGGACGUGGUAGCAGUGCUGGAUGGGCCGAGCAGAGCUGGGACCCAGCCCAGGCGCGUCGUGCAAAGGAUCUGGUGUUGAUCGACGAGGAUAGUGCCGAGUGUGGACUGAUCGAGAUGCGAGUCGUCAAUCGUGAAGGCAUCUAUGGAAGUACCCUC